AUGUCUAAUCAAUCUUGCUCUCCUCAUGACUUUGCCCUUACCUAUAUCUCUAAUGCCCGUUUUCACUGCCGCUUCACGCUACCUGCUACAUCUAGUCGGGAAUCUCUCACCGUCAGCUAUGCCGAUGUAGGGGUUGUGCCCAACCCCACAAACCCAACCCCCCCGACAAUUUUGUUCAUGCCAGGAAUGUUUGGGUCUAGAUUCCUCGGUGUUUUCAUGCAUACGGUUGCUGAAAAGCUGGGGGUGCGAGUGCUGGUAGUGGACCGUCCUGGUAUGGGCCAUUCUACAGAUGUCCCCCUUUCCCAACGAGUCGCUGUUUGGUUGGAAUUGGUACCGCAGAUUUUGACUCACCUUGGAAUCGAGCAUGUCGCCCUCGUGUCUCACAGUGCGGGAAUGAUGUACUUGCUGAAUACCUUAUUCUACUGUCGCAACAUUCUUCACCCGGAACGACCGUUUGUUGCCUUCCUGGCACCUUGGGUGGACCCUUCCAAUUCACACGUAACACAGAUGCAAAUGGCUCAGUAUAUACCGACAGCUGCCUUCAGUCUCUGGAAUCGAGUUCCAAAGUUUUUUCUUCUCAAGGCUGGCCCGGUGUUUGCAUCUAGCGGGGUUGUUGCGUCUACUGUCUCUACUGCAGUCUCAUCGAGUACUGGCCAUGGAGAUGGCCAGGAGAACUCUGAACUCGAGAAGAAUAGACAGAGGAUAGAGAGAGACUAUGGCAUUUCUCGAGAUGUUCAGGCCGAGCUGGACAAUCUCGUGUUUAAAUCCAUGUUUGCAGAGAACACAAUUGGAGCAAAUAGUGAAGCCUUGCAGUGCUUACGCAAGGGUCCAGGCGGCGCUGCGUCGUGGGGGAAGGCUCAAGAUUAUCGGACGUUUGUGAAAGAAUUCGUCGAUCGCGAAAGGAAAGGGCGUUCGGAGGGACUGUCUCUAGGAGCGAGGUUACGCAUACGAGCCUACUUUGGAGAGACGGAUUCUAUGAUCGGGAAGCUGGGCCAGACCUACGUAGAGGAAUGCUGGCAAGGGACGGAGAACGGCGCAGGAUUUGAGGAUGUGCUGGAUUUUGAUACCAGGACAAUUCCCGGGACUGACCACAACAGUUUGGUACAAUCUGUUGUGGCCCUAGAGAGUGUGAUGAUCCACGCUGGAGGAUUACAUGGGACUUUGACUGGGCCCUAAAUCCUCGAGUGCUUACUCUGGGCCACGACGAUGAGAUAGUUGGGAAGGGUACGUGCCUUCACAAUAAUGAAUAAUUUAAAAGAAUCUAUUUGAGCAACCUCUGAGUUAG